AUGCACCUGUACAACCUGACGGUGCAGUCCCCUACGGCGACGCCGCACGCCAUCGUCGGCAACUUCUCCGGGGCUCGCCAACAAGAAAUCAUAGUCUCCCAUGGCACACGACUCGAGCUCUUGAGACCGGACGCGCAGACGGGGAAGGUCCAGACUGUCGUCGCGACGGACGUGUUUGGGAGUAUCAGGAGUUUGGCUACGUUUAGGCUGACUGGAGGCAAGAAGGACUACGCGGUACUGGGCAGUGACAGCGGGCGUAUCGUGAUCCUGGACUACGACCCCAAGACGUCCUCCUUCAUAAAGCUGCACCAAGAAACAUACGGCAAGUCCGGUGCCCGUCGUAUCGUCCCAGGCCAGUACCUCGCGACAGACCCCAAGGGUCGCGCUCUAAUGAUCGGCGCAAUGGAAAAGGCGAAACUGGUGUACAUCCUCAACCGCGACGCCGCAGCGAACCUGACCAUCUCUUCACCAUUGGACGCACACAAGAACAGCGCCAUCAUCCAUCACAUUGUCGGGCUCGACGUUGGCUUCGAGAACCCGACGUUCGCCGCGCUCGAGGUCGACUACGCCGACGCGGACCAGGACCCGAGCGGCGAGGCAGCGUUGAGAGCGGAGAAGCUGCUGACGUACUAUGAGCUCGAUCUCGGACUCAACCACGUCGUACGGAAAUGGUCAGAGCCAACAGACAGACGCGCCAACCUCCUCGUCCAAGUCCCCGGCGGCCAAAUGGGCACCUCCGACAAAUUCGACGGACCCUCUGGCGUACUAGUCUGCACAGAAGACCACAUCAUAUACCGCCACAUGGACGCGCCGCAACAUCGCGUGCCUAUACCUCGUCGACGGAACCCGGCUGGAGAAGAGCGAGGAUUGAUCAUUGUGGCGGCGGUUAUGCACAAGAUGAAGGGCGCCUUCUUUUUCUUGUUGCAGAGCGAGGAGGGCGACCUUUAUAAGGUCACUAUCGAGCAUGAGGAGCAGGAGGUUAGGAGUUUGAAGAUCAAGUACUUCGAUACUGUUCCUGUCGCGAGCAGUCUCUGUAUCUUGAAGUCCGGCUUCUUGUUUGUCGCAGCAGAGUUUGGCAACCAUCAACUGUACCAAUUCCAAAAACUCGGCGAUGACGACUCCGAACCCGAAUUCUCCUCCGCCGACUACCCCUCCUUCGGCAUGUCCUCCCCCUCAACCCCCCUCCCGCGCGUGCACUUCCGCCCCCACGCGCUCGACAACCUCGCCCUCGCCGACGAGCUCGACUCCCUCUCCCCCAUCCUCGACGCCAAAAUCGCCAACCUCCUCCCCAACUCCGACACGCCGCAGAUCUUCGCCCUCUGCGGGCGCGGCGCGCGCAGCACGUUCCGCACACUCCGACACGGGCUCGAAGUGGACGAGACGGUGUCGAGCGAGCUGCCCGGCAUCCCCAACGCCGUGUGGACCGUCAAGACGCACGCGAGCGCGCAGUACGACUCGUACAUCGUCCUCUCCUUCGUAAACGGCACGCUCGUCCUCUCCAUCGGCGAGAACAUCGAAGAAGUGCAGGACUCGGGCUUCCUCUCCUCCGCGCCCACGCUCGCCGUGCAGCAGCUCGGCGCGGACGCGCUGCUGCAGGUCCACCCGCACGGCAUCCGGCACGUCCUCGCGGACAAGCGCGUGAACGAGUGGCGCGUGCCGAGCGGGAAGACGAUCGUGUGCGCCACGACGAACGCGCGCCAGGUCGCGAUCGCGCUCUCGUCCGCCGAGCUCGUCUACUUCGAGCUCGACCUCGACGGGCAGCUCAACGAGUACCAGGACCGCAAGGCGAUGGGGUCUACCGUGCUCGCCAUGAGCGUCGGCGAUGUCCCCGAGGGCCGGCAACGCACGCCGUAUCUGGCCGUGGGGUGCGAGGACCAGACUGUGCGGAUCGUCAGUUUGGAUCCGGAGAGCACGUUGGAGACUAUUAGUCUGCAGGCGCUGACGGCGCCGCCGAGUGCGCUGUGUAUUGCGCAUAUGCUCGAUGCCGGUAUCAACAAAUCCUCACCAACGCUCUUCGUCAACAUCGGUCUAUCGAACGGUGUUCUCCUCCGCACAGUGCUAGACGAGAUAUCCGGGACUUUGACAGACACGCGUACACGGUUCCUCGGUACACGGCCCGUCAAGCUCGUGCGCUUGAAGGUUGGUGGUGGUGGGGUCGAAGGUGGUGGCGGUGGUGGUGACGGGACGGGUGUGAUGGCGCUGAGCUCGAGGACGUGGUUGAGCUAUACGUGGAUGGGCGGGAGCGUGUUUACACCGCUUAUCACCGAGGCGCUCGAUUUCGCGGGCGGGUUCAGCGCGGAGUUGAGUCCGGAGGGCGUUAUUGGUAUCUGCGGGAGCGUCUUGAGGAUAUUCCAGAUCCCAAAACUCGGCAACAAGCUCAAACAAGACUCCCUCCAGCUCUCCUACACCCCGCGCAAGAUGCUCCAACACCCCUCCCAGCCGCUCUUCUACAUCAUCGAGUCCGACCACCGCGUCCUGGGCGAAGACGCCACCGCGCACCUCAUCCCCUCCCUCCCCCAGCAAGACGCCGAGCUCUUCCACCUCCCGCCCGAACAGUUCGGGCGCCCGCGCGCGCCGGAGGGCACGUGGGCCUCGUGCAUACGCAUCGUGGAUCCGGUCGGGAACGCUACGGUCGCGCGGGUGCCGCUGGACGGGAACGAGGCGGCGUUUAGUCUUGCGAUCGUUCCGUUUGGCGCGCGGGGCGGGGAGGCGCAUUUGGUUGUGGGGACUGCGAGGGGGACGAGGUUGCAGCCGCGGAGCUGCGAGAGCGGGUUUUUGAGGGUGUAUAGGUUUACGGAGGGCGGGGCGGGGAUUGAGUUGGUUCACAAGACGGAAACAGACGACGUCCCGCUCGCCCUCCUCUCCUUCCAAGGCCGCCUCGUAGCCGGCAUCGGCAAAUCCCUCCGCAUCUACGACAUCGGCAAAAAGAAGCUCCUGCGCAAGACCGAGAACAAGACCUUCACGUCCGCCAUCGUCACGCUCAACACCCAGGGCGCGCGCAUCCUCGUCGGCGACAUGCAGGAGUCCGUCGCCUUCGCCGUGUACAAGGCGCCCGAGAACCGGCUGCUCGUGUUCGCGGACGACAGCCAGCCGCGGUGGAUCACGAGCAGCACGAUGGUCGAUUAUACGACUGUUGCGGCGGGCGAUCGGUUCGGGAACGUGUUCGUGAACCGGAUAGACGAGAAGGUCAGCGAGCAGGUCGACGACGAUCCGACCGGCGCGGGCAUCCUGCACGAGAAGGGCGUCCUGAUGGGCGCGCCGCACAAGUCUGCGCUGCUGGCGCAUAUCCAUGUCGGCGACCUCGUGACGAGUAUAAACCGCACGGCAAUGGUAGCAGGCGGCCGCGAGAUCCUCCUCUACGCCGGUCUGCACGGCACAAUCGGCGCGCUCGUCCCGCUCGCCUCGCGCGAAGACGUCGACUUCAUCCGCACGCUCGAGCAGCACAUGCGUUCCGAGCAGAUCUCGCUCGUCGGGCGGGACCAUCUGAGCUGGAGGGGGUACUACGUGCCGUGCAAGGGCGUCGUGGACGGGGACCUGUGUGAGGCUUUUGCGCGGCUGGCGCCGGGGAAGCAGAGCGCGAUCGCGGGGGAGCUGGAUAGGACUGUGGGCGAGGUGUUGAAGAAGUUGGAGCAGUUGAGGGUUACGGCUAGUGGGUUCUAG